AUGCAGGGGGAUGAUAUUUCCAACGACCCCUCUGCGUGCAAGGAGAUUCUGGGUGGUCUGGGCACCCCAUUUGAAGUUGAACGUGCCCGAAGUUCCAUAGUGGCGAACGCCAUUUUGGAAUAUUACAAGGCGUUGGGCCGCAGGGAGGAGGAAGCUGCUCGCUUGCGGGCCGAAGCAGAAGAGUUGGUGAAGGCUAUUCGUGCGGGUGCGGAGCAGCUUGAAAGAGAUAGAGCUGCUUUUGAUAAGCAGAAACAGACUGCAGAGUGGGCUGCAGCGAACGUUGCCUUGGGCAAAGAGAAGGCUGCAGCUGAGGUGAUUGCGGUUAAAGCGCAGCAUGCGGAGGCCCGGGCUGUAAAGGCGCUUGAAGAGGCCAAAGAAGCGGGGGCUCGUGUUGCAAAGGCCCUCGAGGAGGCCAAAGAGAGGGAGAGUCGCUCUGCUAAGGCUCUUGAAGAGGCGAAUGUUGAGCCCACCCGUUUGGAUCAAGUUGUUGCUAGCCUUCAGGCUGAAGUUCAGACCCGGGAGGUCGCGGUUACAGACCUCACAGCCCGCAUGACUGCAGCGGAAGAACGGGCUAAUGCUACUGUUGAGGCCAGAGAUGCUCUGACCUCUUCGCUCCAACAACUGGAGGCUGAUUGUGAGUAG